CCAGGAAUGGUGAUGCCGUGCGUGCCGUCCAAGUGUUCUUCCGGGAGAUGACGCAGCGUAACAUCGUGUCGUGGAACUCGAUUCUCCAAGCGCUGUUGGUCUGGAUAGAGCUCACAAGCUCUUCGCUCAAAUGCCGCAGCACGACGUCAUCUCCUGGACGUCGCUGGUGGCCAAGUUCGCUUCGAAGCCCGAGUUCCAAGACGAGGUGAGGAACUUAUUCCAGAGAACGCCUGAAAGAGAUAUUGCAGCGUGCAGUGCAUUGAUCGCCGCCUAUGCUCACAGCGGUCAAGCGAGAGCGUCGCUGGAGCUCUUCCGGCUCAUGGACUUGGAAGGACGCCGCGACUUUUGUGAGCGCGUUGGACGCCUCUGCUACUCUCUCGGCUCUUCCCCAGGGCAGGAUUCUCCACUCGAGCAUUCUCUCCAAUUAGCAACCGCGCUCGUGAACAUAUAGUACCUAUUGCUCUUGCAUGGACGAAGCUCAUGUGUUUGACAGCAUGGAGGAGCGAGACGUCGUCUCCUGGAACGCAUUGGUGGCGGCCACUCUCACCACGGCCACGGCAACAAAGUCUUCCUCGAGCUUCUCCCCGAGAUGGUGCUACAGAUAGUGCAUCCAGACAGCGUGACGCUCACCAGCUGCGCUUACAGUCACGUAGGCCUGCUCGACGGCGGCUUGGAGUUCCUCGGCCGGAUCCCUGAGGACUUUAGCAUGCAAGCGACGCUGGACAAGGGCGAUUGGAAGAUGCCGAGGAGCUGGUUGAGGUGAGGCCGUUUGAGCCGGACAGCUCUACGGGGAUGAAUCUAGUCGGUGCCUGUGUAAGCCACGGUGGCCAUGCCGCAGGAGCUGGAAACCACAUAAUCGAGCUCCAUACGUGUUGCUCGCCAACAUGCUCGCUAACUGCUAGAGGAACUACGACGUGAGAUCAAACGAUCUCUCGCUUUUGUUUUCUGGAAAGAACCGUGGUGUUGCAAGAGGCUCUUUUAAGAAGGUGUUACUUCGAAGUCGCGAGAAACAAGAAAGCCUAACAAAAUCAAGCAUCGAUCGCCUUGAUCAUUCUACGUAAAAGGGAUUCUUUGUCUAGGUAAUCUAUGGCGCUUGAGGCCUGCGCCAGCAUGGCGGUCUCGUUUGUGCCCGCUCGCAAUGUUGGUCCUCUUCUUCCACAGGAGAAAACGCGUGUGCUUUCACGCCAGCGCUUCCGGAUUCGUGGGUUGAGUGCUGCGAGUGAGCAGCCGGAUGUUCCUCCCAGCACACACGUCCAAGAAAACCAGUUGCCAGGCGGAGGUGAGAAUUUUGGAUCGCCCAAGAGCUUGCUAGCAUCAAUCCUCUCACGAAAUGACGACCUCAAGAGCCAACUGAGGAGAUAUGGAACCGCUGGGAUACUUUCUUACGGCGUUUUCAACACCAUGUACUACCUAGGAACGUUUCUCUUCUUCUGGUUCUAUGUGGCUCCAUCACCAGGAGGCCUUGGCUAUGCUGCUGCUGCUCAAAGGUUUGUCCGUGUGUACUUUCCACUCGUUUUGAUCGCGAGAGUUCGAGCUUUGUUACAUGUAUCACAGGUUUGUGAAGCUCUUUGCGAUGGUGUGGGCAGGCAGUCAAGUGACGAAACUUUUGCGUGCUGCAGCGUAAGUUUCGCGUCGCUCUCAAAUCUAAAUUGCUUUCCAUUCCAGCGCUCUGGCUCUGGCCCCGCUCGUGGACAAGUGUCUCAACUGGUUUACAAGCACACUCCACUUCGAAUCGAGGGAAAAGGCGUUUGGAACUCUAGUAGCCGGCUGCUUUGCUCUGGCUUUGCUCGUCUUCGUUGUCAUCACAAGCUUAUGGGCGUGACUCCAAUAGAGCAGAACAGGCUUUUGUCCAAACAGGCACUGAAAAAUUUCUUUAUACAUGAGUAACUCCGGCAGUGCUUGUGGGACUCUA